CCAGCAAUAUGUCUUCGGACUCCUCGCCAACGAAAUACCGGUGUCGAACGGGCACACUUUGAUACGGUAGUUUAUACCGUAUCACUUCACGGGGACCGGAUGUUCUGUGACCGAGGACUGAAAGGGACCUGUAUUUUUCAGCAUUGAGACUAGCCAUGUGAUUUGCGACCUCGGCCCUAUGGCAGCCAAUGGAUGAAUUUACUGAGUUAAUCUACCCUGCUGUAUGGUAAGUUACUCGGGUAUUAUAUGCACCGAUACCCAGCGAGUGCACCACCGGUAUGAUACGGCACCGUACCGGUAGACUAUCGUACUCGUUUCAUAAUAUUAUGAUACCUCACCCUCUGCCGCCGGCAACCGUCAAAUCUGCCCAAACCAUCAAGCCUGCCCCCAACCAUUAUAUCUGCCCAAUCAAGAAACGAACAAAAAAAACCCCGGCAGAAACUUGGCUUCGAUAUUUCCUGAAAAUCGCAACGGGAGCUCAGGAACUACAACCCCUACUAUGCCGCCCCCGCCAGAAGUUACUGUUGCAGAGGACUCCGAUGACGACGAUUUGGAUGACCUUGAUGGUGGGUGCAUUGCUCAGUGAAACUUGUUCGGGGGUAACUGUAGCUGAUAAGUACCUAUAGAGAUACUAGACGAAUUCCAGAGCUCACCCCAGCCGGCCAGUGAACACUCGGCGAAAGCUGGCGACACAAGCGCAUCAAACGAUAAUGGCGGACCUUCUUUAGGGUCGCCCGAUGACGACUUUGCUCGUCAGUUGCAGUUGGGAAUGCAGGAUUUACUAGGCGAGAUGCAGGACUCGGUAUGGUAAACUCUACGGGCAUGGAUGACGGGAGGUUGGCAGACUGAUAAUCAGCCACAGAAAGAACUACAAGACCAAUUUGAGCACCUGGUGAAGGAACUGAACGAUGCCACCGCGGCAACUGGUCCCAAGCCUUCGGCGUCGUCCAGUUCUAGACCGUCCGUCCAAGCGGCGGUCAAUUUCCAAGACCGAAUAAAGCAGACGAUGGAUCGCAUGAAGUCUUCCGGAGCAGAGGUUGACGCUGCGGUGGCUGACUCCGAGACUGAUGACUUUCUAUCGGAAAUGUUGAAACAAAUGCAAGGGGCGGCCGGUGAAGGAGAAAGCGACGAGGACUUUUCUAAAAUGCUUUUAAACAUGAUGGAGCAGCUUACGAGUAAGGAAAUCCUCUACGAACCCAUGAAGGAAUUGAACGAGAAAUAUCCGGAAUGGCUGAGGAACAACGAGUCCAAGCAAACCGCGGAGGACCUGCAGCGGUAUCGGGAGCAGUAUGGGGUGGUCAAGGAGAUUGUGGCAAAGUUUGAGGAACCGGAGUACAGAGACGAAUCUGAUAGCGACCGAGAGUUUAUUAUUGACCGUAUGCAGAAGGUGAUUGAGCUGCCUUUGCUCUGCUCCUCGCUAUUCUUUUAUGCUGAUUCGGGAGCCGCGAUAGAUGCAAGCUGCCGGUGCGCCACCAACAGAGUUAAUGGGAGAAAUGGGACAAGGCCUGGAUAUACCUCCUGACGUCGAUUCGAAUUGUGCGGUGCAGUAAUUGACGGAUAUGUGGAAAUUCUUGCAAUAAGUUGUAUAUUAAAACGUGUUCAAUGAAAGCAUAUUUGUGGUAG